AUGGAGAACCCCUCAUCAGGCAAAGUGACCAUCAACAACCCAGCAGACAUCGCCAUCAUUGUUGGGUAUUUCGUCAUGGUUAUCGGUGUCGGCAUUUGGUCCAUGUUUCGAACCAACCGCGGGACAGUCAGAGGGUAUUUCCUGGCGGGGCGCACCAUGACCUGGUGGCCGGUUGGUGCGUCUCUGUUUGCCAGCAACAUUGGUAGUGGUCACUUUGUGGGCUUAGCAGGCACUGGGGCAGCUGGAGGCAUCGCUGUGGGGGGGUUUGAGUGGAAUGCCCUGUUCAUCGUGCUGCUGCUAGGCUGGUUGUUUGUACCUGUCUACCUCACAGCUGGGGUGAUCACAAUGCCCCAGUACCUGAAGAAGAGGUUCGGAGGGACCAGGAUCAGCCUCUACCUCUCUGUUAUAUCUCUGUUCCUCUACAUUUUCACCAAGAUCUCAGUGGAUAUGUUUUCAGGAGCUGUGUUUAUCCAGCAGGCAUUAGGGUGGAACAUCUACGUGGCCGUCAUCACCCUUCUGUUAAUAACAGCCUUGUACACUGUCACAGGCGGCCUGGCUGCUCUGAUGUACACUGACACAUUUCAGACUUUUGUUAUCAUCGCUGGUGCCUUCGUCCUCACUGGCUUCUCUUUUUCAGAAGUGGGAGGCUACAACGCUCUGCUGGCCAAAUACAGCUCUGCUACACCCGCUAAUUUCUCCUCCAUGGAUCCUGAACGCUACAACAUCUCCUCUCACUGCUACACCCCGAGACCGGAUGCCUUUAACCUUCUGAGGGACCCAACCACCGGGGACCUGCCCUGGCCUGGUGUGGUGUUUGGGAUUGCUAUAGUGGGUGGCUGGUACUGGUGUACAGACCAGGUGAUAGUGCAGCGGUGCCUCGCGGCUCGUAGUCUGACCCACGUGAAGGCCGGCUGCAUCAUGUGUGGCUACCUGAAACUGCUGCCCAUGUUCCUCAUGGUGUUCCCCGGCAUGAUCAGCAGGGUUCUCUACCCCGAUGAGGUUGGCUGUGUUGUCCCUGAGGUGUGUAAGAGUGUAUGUGGGACUGAGGUCGGCUGCUCCAACAUUGCUUAUCCCAAACUGGUGGUGUCGAUCAUGCCGAACGGGUUACGAGGUCUGAUGCUGGCUGUGAUGUUGGCUGCCCUCAUGUCCUCUUUGGCCUCCAUCUUUAACAGCAGCAGCACUCUCUUCACGAUGGACAUCUGGACUCGCAUCAGACCGCAGGCCACCGAGCGCGAGCUCAUCAUUGUGGGCAGAGUAUGGGUUCUGUGCAUUGUAGCCGUCAGUAUCUGCUGGAUCCCAGUUGUCCAGGCGGCUCAGAGCGGUCAGCUGUUUGAUUACAUCCAGUCAGUCUCAAGCUACCUGGCUCCACCUAUCGCCUCAGUCUUCUUCCUGGCUGUGUUUGUGAAGAGGGUCAAUGAAACGGGUGCCUUCUGGGGCCUGAUAGGUGGCCUGGUGAUAGGUCUGUGUCGGUUGCUGCCUGAGUUCUGGUUCGGUACCGGCAACUGUAUUUUCCCCUCUGACUGCCCUUUCUUGGUGUGUGGGAUCCAUUACCUCCACUUUGGAAUCAUACUCUUCUUCUGUACAUCAGUACUGGUGCUGGUGGUCAGCUACUGCACCGAGCCCAUAGAGGACCAACACCUACAUCGUCUUGUGUUCAGCCUGCGUCACUCCAAAGAGGAGAGGAAGGAUUUGGACUGGGAGCAAGAGGAGAAAGGGAGAAGAGCCCGGAGAGACGCUGAGGAGAGGAUGAGGGAGAAAAACGACAAUAAUACAGCAGCUCAAGAGGAAGAAAACUCUGGCUCUCGGGCUGAUCAGCAGGACACUCCUGAGGCAUCAGAGACACGGCCUGACAUCAGAGAGGACCCGGUGUGGAAGUACACUGUGGAUGCGAAUGCUCUCGUUAUGAUGGCUGUAGCAGUUUUUAUGUGGGGUUACUAUGCUUAACAGUCCUGUUCAUUUAAGUGGGGACUUGUGAUCAUCUUCAAAAGACUCAAAGAUAAAUACAACAGUGCUGCCGUCUGUUGGCAAUCACAUGUCACUGCACUGUAGAUCAUCUAUGUGUUUUUGCAUUUAAAAUCAGGCAAGUAUACCACACAUGGUCUCACUUCUGUCGGCUGUGAUCGUUCAAUGCACUUUUCCGGUUUUAAGGAGUGCGUGUACCACAGUCUAAAAAUGUCUGAUCAAGUUAGAAUGCCAUUAGUGUAUCCUGUUACACGUUUGAUUCAAUCACAAGUCAAUCUGCGCCUGCUUCCAGCACUGAAAUCAAAGGUGUGAGGGGGAAAAAAACAAAAUGAUUUGGAAGCCAGGUAAAAUGUAAACUCAAUAAAGCAUCAAGUAGCCCCGUUUAACACUUUUUUUAACCGCUUUUAAAAGUUUGACUCCAGAAAUCAAUGAAAUGGAUGAACUGAAGACGUUACAGCACACACCUACACACUAUACGAGAUAAGUAAUGUAUGUCAAACAGUUCAUACUCAGGAGUUCACGUAGUAGGCUGAUGUGAUUUUCUAGCUCUCCUGAGUCUGAUUUGAUCAUUUAAUCACAGCAGUCGGCACUCAGUUCAGCUCUGAUAAGGCUUGAUAAGCAUCACUGUUACGUGAACAGUGUUAAAGGCAUCGUUGGUUGAUUAUAAGUGACCACACAAAGCAGCUCGUGAUUCAGAUUUCCAGUUUUAAUCAUCACUUCUGUUUUUAUUUAAGCAGAUAUUUCCCAUUAGCAUUGUACAUGUCUGGAACCUACAGAGUUCUCCCAUGACUACCCAACCAUCUUCCCACCUCCAUGCAGAGUUUCAGCAUCAUUCAUCACAUCAGUUUCUUUAACGUCCAGUCUGUCAGUUUGCAGGGGGGGGGGUCAGCAAUGAGGAGGGUGGUGGAGACAGAAAGAGGUUUUUUUUCCCAAGAAUGAAGAGUCAGAGCCGUCACCAGGCACUGUUCAUCUUACACUCCCACACUGAAGAGUUAUGGGUGGAUCCAGUAGAGCUGGGUGGAGGCUAUCGAGCGUCUUAAGUUGAGACGCUUACAGGGUCCUGUGCAACUCCCAAUACUCUUGAUCAUCUGUGAGGUAUCUGACACCUCGAUCUCCUGCAGGGUGGGUAAGAGGUAGGGGGGCUUUUAAGGCUGGAAGCUGGUGUAGAGAGUUUUUGCUGUCUGUGGUAGUUGGUUUCACCCGCUUCGAAGCAUGAACGACGGCUUUGGCAAACGCUGCCCUCUCUGCCAUAUUUGGAGGACGGAGGGGAGGUGGAGAGGAAGGGAAGCUGGAGGUUAAAACAAAGAUGGAGUAUUCGAAAAACACAUCUUUGCAGGUCGAGUAGGGUGACAGACCGAUACGGGGAGAACACAGUCCUCAAGAAUAAAAGCAAAUACAACAGCAAACAUUCUCUGACACACAUCCCAAUAAAACAGCCAAACCAAAAACAAAAAAAACAACCAAAAUGGCAAACAAGCAAAGUCAAUCAAACCAUACAAAGUGACAUCAGGCCUUUCCAAAGUGACAUCAAGUUUCUCUUUUUUAAUCCCAUUCAAUCCCACUGGUCCAUCUCCCAGAAUUCUCUGUAAACCAGAAAGUACUCCUCUUUAUGGCUGGUCAGCAAGGUUAGGGUCCGCUCUGAAGCAAUGACAAGAACAGGUCUCAGAGUGUGGUGAGACUGUGCCUGUCAUUAACCAAUGGUAUGGCUAUGUCAGGAUUAAUGUCAGUGACACAGGCAAUGAUUUCAGCAGCAUCAUCAGGGGACUAAUCAACAUAGUACGACAUUACAGCACAUUCAGAGAAAUAGAAACGCAUGGCGAGCGCGGGACACGUACAAAUGGCGAUCAUGUACAACGGAAAAUCAAGUUUGCUUUAUACAAUCACAUUUCUAUAGCGAGGCUGAACAUUCAACCACUGGAAACUUUUACAUCUGUUGGACUCAGCACAGCUCAUUCCUCGAAGCACCAUUGUACAGCGAACGUGGAGGUUGGUGAUACAACACAGAACAAGUAUUGGGAGGGGGGGGACAGUAAGCAGGCUCUGGGGCUUUACAUUUCUAUGCGUCACUUUAUGAAUGCUAAUCUCAAUCAAAAUACACUGCAAAGUUUUCACAUGAGUUACCUAACGACUGUGUACGGAGUUAAGACAGAAACCCGGAUGAGUAAGAGGCAGAAAGAGGGCUGUCUGACAGCAGCAGGAGGGGACCCCAACCCCGGUAUGCAAACCUUUAAAAAAAAAAAAA